AUUGUAUUGUAAACUUGCUGUUAAUAUAAAGUGUACUUAAACUAGAUCAAAUAUUUUAUCAACUGUUAAAAGUUGUGAAAUGGAUUACUUAACCGUUUUAAACAUGAUUCAUUGCCGUAUGACAUAAAGAACGCUCUCGUGGUUUGUUGCGCGUGUAAUUCUUUUGCUGUCAAAUGUUGAAUUGUAUAUUUAUAAAUAAAUCAUAUAAAACUAGCACACGCUUAAACUAGUGUAUACUCGCGAUAACAUACGUUCAAGUUGAGCAUAUAACAGAAAUGUAAUUUCGCUAGUAAAAUGGUUGUUAUACACAAAGAUGUUUUCUUUGCUAAUAUCCCGGGAGUAGAGCAUGGAGACUGUCACUUAGAUCUGUAUCUCCCGGACGAUGUAAGGACCUAUGAACGAAAUAACGAAAUUCACAAAAAGGAUACAAACGCUGUUAAUAAUAUUCGAAAUAAGGGUGAUAAGGAUGGUACUUAUAAUAUCGUAAAUGAUAUUAGGGAGACAAAUGAAAAUCAGGAGCAUAUUAACAACAGAUAUUCAAGGGAUAAGUUCAAUGAUGAUUCGGGAAGCUCUGAAAGUAAAAGUGUACCAUUUGUUUUAUUUAUUCAUGGAGGAGGCUGGCGGAGGGGUGGCAGGUCGGCUUGGAAACAUUACUUGUUCUUUGAUGUGAAUUUUCUUGUGGCAUUUCUUCAAUAUUUUAUUGGUAGUUAUGGUAACAUUGGAGAGGUUCUUGCACAGAACAAUAUCGCAUGUGCUAUUGUGUCCUAUCCGCUGACCGAGGCUGGACCAGUUGUGUUGAUAGUGGAGAUGUUACUGUCUUAUAUCCAGUCCGUAUUUGUUAUAUUCGUCCUAUGUUUGCCUAUACAUGGCUUAUUAUUACUCUUCUUAUAUGGAAUUGUCGACAACAGUCGCUUUUAUGUAACGAGAGAGCUUAUUUACUUGGAAAACGGCGUUAUCACCAAUUUAAAUACACUGUUCUUAAUAACUUUGACUUUUACAAAUUCUGUAAUUGCUACGUUAUUUUUCUUUAAAAGAAAAGAAUUCAAUAUUUCAAUUAUGCAUAUAAGAUUAUUUGGAUUAUCUUUAUUCGCUGUGCUAGUGUUAUCUUUUUAUUCAAAUUCAUUGUUACACUAUCUGGCGAUUUCAACGUUAAUUCUGACACAAACUAUGAUAUUCUAUCAAAGAAUUAGAAGGUAUGGGUCAACAUAUGAUGGGCAGGUGAAAGCAGUUGCUCAGGCCGUCAGAUGGGCUAAAUGUUUCUGUGAAGAGACUGGGCACAUAGAUAUUAACCGAUUGUAUUUGAUGGGACAUUCUGCUGGUGGGCAUUUGGCCACCCUAUCUGCCCUUGAUGAAUCAAUUCUUGCAGAGGUGGCAUGUUCUACAGAGGAUGUAAAGGGUGUUAUUUCAAUAUCCGGCGUAUAUGACCUCCUCUGUUUGAACAAACAUUGGCUCCGCCAUGUGUACCUUGAACCAACAUUCGGCACGAGUUCCAAACAGUGGCUUCAGGCAUCCCCGGAACAUUUGGCCCAGAGAUCAAAAAGUGCGAACACCAUGCCCAAGUUUCUUUUAAUAUUAGCAGAAUAUGAUAUAUUUUUGAAAUCACAAUCAUACAAAUUUGCUCAGACAUUAGGCAAACUAAAUUUGGAAUGUAAGCAUGUUGAAAUCAGUAAAUCAAACCAUUUUAAUGUAGUUACAAAUACAAGUACUGGCAAAGGGACGACUCUGUCUUAUGUGAUUGAAUUUAUAAAGUAGAUGCUUCAUUUUAUCUUCAGUUUAUCUUAUGGCAAUAAGUAUUGUACUAUGAUAUUAUGCUUUGCAUUAACAUGCAAUAUGUAAAAAAAAAAGAAAUAUGGCUCUAUUUCAUUAUAUUGAAAAAAGAAAGUCAUCAACUUUAAAAUGCUUGUUUAAAUAAAGAAGUACUAUGUUGAAUUUAUAUUUAUUUAACUGUUUUAUGCCUUUUUUCGUUUUGAAUGUAGGAAUAUGUUUUUGAUAUUUUUAUGAAAUUAUAGUUCCAGGGUAAGUUUUAGUUUUUUAUCGCAAUUUAUGUAUAGAAAAUAUUUUUAAACGGAAAUAAUAACUUUAAAUAUUUGAUUUGUUAAAAUGUGUUUCAUCAUGCUUUUUAGUUGUCCUUUAUGUAAAAAACCUUUAAACUAUCAAGCAUUUCAGGAUGGAGAAGGAAAUUCUUUUUAUUAUUAUUUUGUUUUACUCAGGUGCCCGUUCGUGCCAACCCAACAAAUUGUUUUUAUUUCAUUCAUUAAUUUUGUUGUUACUAUUGAUUGUUGGAAAUAAAGAUUGUUACUGUUGAA